CCGAUUUGUCACAGCGCCAUUUUGUUUUGUACGUGUGGAUCGAGCGGAGCAUGUCUGAACUUUUCGUUGAGAGAGCAACAUCUUUCGGCUAAAUGGAGGACACACCCCAACGCUCAAGGGGGCUGGCUUCCGCCACACGAAGAGUAAAGUAGCCAGUUCGGUUGGGAAGCCAUCCAAAUCAGGUCUCAGUUACUUUGAUCUACGGAUGAUCUCUAACGAGCUUGGCUCUGAAUGGCGGCAGCUGGCUAGACAUCUCGGUUUAAGCGCUGCAGAGAUCGAGCGCAUCGUGAUGGAUGACCCAGGCCACACACCCAACCAGAUCUUCAACAUGCUGGUCAAAUGGAGGCACCAACAAUCCACUAGCACGGAUCAGAGGGACGUGUUAGACACAGCUCUGAUGGAGAUCGGCAGAUGGGACAUUGCUGAAGACCUGUUAGAUAUCAGAGGAGGCUCAGACAGCUUUUGCAAAUUGUGUAAUCCUCUCAGUGGAACCACAAGUCACUACCCUCUUGAUAUCAGUGACUUUGAUCUACGCAUGAUCUCUAACGAGCUUGGCUCCGAAUGGCGAAAGCUGGCUACAAAUCUUGGAUUGAGCACUGCAGAGAUCGAGCACAUCGUGAUGGAUGACCCAGGCCAGACAGACAAGCAGAUCUUCAUCAUGCUGGUCAAAUGGAAAAGCAGAGUAUCCACUAGCUUGGAUCAGAGGGAAGUGUUAUGCAAAGCUCUGAUGGAGAUCGGUAGAAGGGACAUUGCUGAAUACCUGUUAGAUAUCAGAGGAGGCUCAGGCAACUUUUGCAAAUUGUGUAAUUCUCUCAGUGGAACCACAAGUCACUACCCUCUUGAAAGGGGCACAACUCAUCAGCCAUAUACAAGCAUCAUCACAGAAAUUCACAAAGAAAAAGUCAAAGGGGGAGAUGCAAAGCAAUCAACACCAGAAAUCGGCACAGCUCAUCAGCCAUAUACAACCAUCAGCACAGGUUCAAGUCCGACAAAAUGGUUGCAAGGGCGUUCCUCAGUCGACGCACACGAUCUUCACCUCUACAAAUGGAUGCCCACAGGGACCAUUGACAGAAAGAAUGACAGGCUUUGGCCAUUUUGUAUCGUUGCUACUCCUAAUGAAAUAGCAGUGACAGCCAGAGGCCAGAUGGUAUGGAUACACUACAUCAACGGUGUUCUUAAAACAAUCAUCGAAACCGAAGAAGAUAUACAAGGCAUUUCAGCAACACAAGACCGAUUGGUGGUGGUAGGAGCUUCUACCCAUCUUGUCUACAUGUACACGAUGAACGGCCAGUUAGACUUCAAGUUCUCGACAGUACAACAUGAAGAAGUCAAGGAUGCUGUAAAGCAGGUGGCCAUUUGGCCAUGGAGUGUAGCAAGCAAGAAGAAUGGUGCCAUCAUAGUGGGUGAUGUGGUGAGGUACGUACUGACUGAGCACAGGCCUAAAGAUGGUAAGAUCCUGCGCACCAUGCAAGUGAAGAUUAAACCUGAAUAUCUGGCCGUUGAUGACGACGACAGAAUCCUCGUCAGUGAUCGCCACACUAUACUCGUAGUUGACGAUAGCGGUUCUGAAACCUUCACCCAACCAACGAUAGACGGUAGGCUAGCUGAAUCAUAUGGUUUAUGCUGCACCAAAUCGGCCAUCUACGUGAUUGUAUCUGAUGAUGGUGGUAAUACAGGACGUAUACACCAAUAUGACAAAAGAGGGAACUUUGUUGAAUCCAUUGCCUUGGGUCUGUUUCGUCAUAUGGGGAUUACUGUUACAGCCGAUCAGCGAUAUCUUGCAAUUGCAUCUGAUUACCAUGUGAAGAUCUACAAAGCUAAAGAACACGAAGUUAAAUCCAUGUCUACUGAAACAACGUCUUCAAAGAUGCCGUCAAGACCCACACACAAGAUCAGUGAAGAUACCGAGGAUCAGAGGUUGCAAGAGCCGAGCCAUCUCCAACAGGUGUUAGAUGAAGUCAACAAGCUGGCAGAGAAUCUAACUGCAAGUGAGAGGUUGGAUAGCAGACUCCAGUUACCUUACAUCGCCAUGGGUUACUUCAACGAGAAGGGUGGAAGCUUGUCCCUGGAUGAGUAUGGAGUGCACCUCACCAUCCCGCGUGGUGCAAUAGCUCCAGGCUCUCCUCAGCAAGUCUACAUCUAUGUAGACCCUACUGUGGUUGGGCCAAAAGAGGUCGCGUUUUCACCGAAUGUAGAUUGUGGCCCCGAAGGGUUGAGAUUUGAAGAGAGCGUGGUGUUGUCCUUCCCUCACCACGCUGACGUAAGAAGUACGAGUUCUGACCCGUUAAAGCCCCAAAUGUGUCAAGACAAUUAUUUGUCAGACACAUGGGAAGAGUUUGAUGGAAACGCAGUGAUAACCGAAGACAGGGUGAUUCUCCUUGUAAAUCAUUUUACAAGGUUCAAUCUACCCGGACGCAGGAAACGGCUAGUCGUAGUUCCCUAUGGAGAUGUCUUCGACCCCCGCCAAGGAAAAUAUCAAAUACGGGUGUACAUUCUGAACGACGACAAAAAGGCUAAAAAGAAUGUGGAGAAAGACGAGACGCAUUCGAAAAGACUAGACGGUUUCAAGACCCUUUCCUGGGGUGAGGGCGACUUGGCCGUUAAGCUUUCAGAGUUUCCAAGAGGAUGUAAGGUGUAUGAAGAAGAAACACAGACCAUCCACGAAAAACAAAUAAAGGAACAGGCAAGGAACUGCGUGACCUUCACCCUUGGAUUACCAAGCUGGUCUGCUGAUGACGUUCUGUACUGUGCUGUGGAAACCUACCAGGAUAACGGAGAUGAAUACGAAAGAGAACAAGGCAAAGUUCGACUGUCAAUUUGUCCAGACAUGAAAACGCCCGACAGAGACGCUGUACAGAUGCCAGUCUGUGAUCAAGCCGCUGCGUGCAGUCAAACGGUUUCCCCUCAGUCUGCUGGGGCUACAAGUGGCGGAAGCCGCAUGACUAUCCAGGACGAAGUCGGGGGUGGUUUUUCCAAACGGGAACCAAACCAUAGUGCAAUGGCUGAGUCUUGUGAUUCAGUGGGACAGACUUGUUCGGAUACCCACUGGCAAGUCGAGAAGCUUCUUGAAGCAAGAAAUGACAACGGCGACAACUCCACACAACGUGGUACUGUAAACGGUGACACAUUCGUGUUCAUCUUCAGGUCUGAUGUGGAAACUACAUCCACUUUGUGUCAAAAAAUCAUUCAGGAGAUUUGCAGAGUUAAAACAGAAGAAGAGAAACUGUCUCGCAGGAAAGUUGUUGAUGAUACAACUCUUCUCUAUUUGGCAUGCGAGCUCGGAUCUGAAUGGGAGCGUCUCGCAACCUUCCUUGGUUUUGGUGUCAAUGAUGUCUACAAAUUCAAGAACGACAACCCUCAUGAUACCAACAACCAAAUUUUCCAAAUGUUGGUUAAGUGGCGAGACGAGCAGUACCUUACAGAGCUAGUUGACUGUCUUGGUCGCGAACUGACAAAGGUUAAUAAAGGUGAAAUGGCAAAAACACUGCGAGACAUUGAUGAUUCUUCACUUCAUGAGGUGUCGAACCAACUCGGUUCAGAUUGGGAGACCUUCGCAACAGCACUGGGUUGCGAUACUCACAAAGUAAAGAACGAGUUCCCGUAUGAUACAAGAGAACAUUGCUUUCAAAUGCUGGUUGAAUGGCGUGCGAAGCAGUUAUCCCCAAAUUUCCAGGUCGACAAGCUCUGCAAAGAGUUGAAGAGGGUCGACAGAGAAGAACUUGCUGAUACAUUGCGAGAGCUGAUCAGUGAUCGAGAUUCCGAGAAACCUGGACUCCUGGAGAAGCCUCAAGUCAUGGAGCAAGCCAGUGGCGACCAUGCUAGCGCCAUUGGGAAUAGUCAACCAAGUGUGGAAAGCAACUACAGUCAAGAAGAGCUGGUCAGUGACAGAAAUCAUGAAAAAGCUCAACUGCUCAAGAAACCUCAAGUCAAGAAGAAAGCCGAUGGCGACCAUGCUAGCGGCAUUGGUAGUGAACCACCAAGUACGAAAACCAAGAACAGUCAAAAAGAACCAAUCAGUGACAAAGACCCCGAGAAACGUCAACUCCUCGAGAAGCUUCAAACGAUGGAGCUUGAGGAGACAGGUGGCAACCAUGCUAGGGCCACUGGUUGCGAUCAACCAUGUCUGAAAGCCAAAUGCAGUCUAAACGAACUGAUCAGAGAACGAGACUCCAAGAAACCACAAAUCCUCGAGAACAGUUUAAAAGCUCUACAUAUCCUCGAAAACACCCGUGAGGGAAAGGCUGAGCCACACAGUCAACAACAACUACGUGUGGUUAACAAGCGUGAAUGACUCCGUUACUAACUGUGCAACUGAAUUGUCAGUAAGGACAACCAUGCUUUAUACUAUGUAUAAAUCAUAGAGCUAUACUAUUUUAAUAUAGCUCUAUGGUAUAAAUACAUCAAAGUUCUAAGUAGAGUGCUAUAUAUGUAUUCCUAAUUAAAUAAAAAGGGCCUGAAUGCUUCAUUCUAAAGGGAAAUAAAUAUUCGACGUAUAUUUAUGUACUCAGCAGCAUUCGCGAACUCGAUUCAUUCAACCACAAGAAUAUUUUUGUAACAGGUUGUUGACUACAUUAAAUUAUGUGGGCUUUUCAGAAAAUUUAAUUUUAGAAUGUUUUAAAAGUUCGUCUUAGAGCAAAUUAAAAAAGAAUGCACUAAAAGCUGUACUUAAAUGCGUAACACUACGUUGAAAUUUAGACGUAUAAUAUUGUAGACAUUGUAAACAUUUCGCUAGAAGUUUCCUGUGUGAAGCAACUCUGUCGCCAUAAAAUCCUGGUAAAGGGUGUAUAUGAUUUGUAUGAAAAACUGAAAUAGUGAGUUUGCGUAACGUUGAGAGAACACGCUUUACCCGACGAGCAAUUCCAUAUCAGGUAAAGGAGAGGCCAUACCUCUGAAACUAACUUUAUUAUUUUUUCUUUAAACGAGCAAGUUGUAAACAAUCAUGAUAUAGGCUCGUAAGGUUUAUAUUGAGUAUGCACUGUAAAACAAACAUAUAAUAAGUAUUACUACAACCAGGACGUAAUUUUAAAUAUCUCAUACAAUCCUUUCCUCUUUUACGUGACCGCUGUGUAGAAAUAAUUCAAAAACGGUGUCAACCUCAUUGAGGUUUCUACACAAGCCUGUGAUUGAUAUUACUGAGAGUAGUUUCUCAUUAUCCUUGAUUCCAAAUUUUACCUUAAUAUCUUUCAAAUGUAUAUAAUAAAUAACAAUGCUACAGUCAAUGGCGGCUUGCCGAGAUAAUUACGAGCACUGUUUUUAGACUGUUGCUGCAAACUUCUUGUAAAUAGACUAGCAUAAAUAGUAACGCUUAUUUUAUUUUAUUAUUGAUGUUCAUUAUUUGUUUUUUUUAAUUCCCUCUGGGACCAUUUUAUUAAAGACCAAAGUCGCUUAUGAUUAGUGGUAUGAAAUGGUUUGUAGAAUCAAGAUACUCUAGCUAAUGAAUUGUCUUCAGAAUAUUUACUUUAUCUUUGUUGUUAUUGUGUGUAGCCUAGGUAUUCCAUACUUUCCGACGUUUUGUUCAUGGUUUGGACUGUCAACUUUGUGCUGUAAAUGUUUUGCUAAGAGUGAGUAGUUUUACCCGCGGAAGAAUUCAUUUUAUGUCUCAUUUUCAAUCAAAUGGCUUUUACCCAAUUUUUCAUAUUGGAAGAAUUAUCUUGCAGUCAGCUUUAACUAGCACUAAUUUUUAGAGUUUGGGUCUUCUUAGUAUUUUUUUGAGCUACGUGUUGGUAUACAGUAUCAUAUUCCCUUACCAUACUCCUCUGUAGAAUCAUAAUCAUUCAGUUAUAUUGGAAUUAUUAACUUGAAUCAAAUACUCCAACUUUUGUGGCGAAAUAAUUCAACGGGUGAUGUCUCAUUAACAGUGAAUAAUUUUUAUAACUCACGUUGCUAAGAAUAUGAAAACAAAAUAUAUUUUCGAGGUGAAAUAUUCGAAAUAUUAAGUAAUGAAGGUAACAAAAGCAAUCAAGCUAAAUUUCCCGGAAAGGUAAUGCGCAUUAAUCAACACAAUUUUGGCGUAGAAAAAUGUAAUCAUAAGGGAGUCAUUCGUAUUUAGGUUUUUCACACCAGCCAGUAACCAGAAUAACUGUCAUUGUUUAAUUUCAUUAACUUUGAUUCUAAGUUUUACAAUGAAAAAAGAUCAAGCAGUAUGUGUAGAAAAAAGCAAUGCUGAAUUGUAUUACUACAUAGGCAGAUUCAUGAUCACUGUACUUAAACUUUUCCACUAUAAGGGAAACAAAAAAAUUAAGUCGGUCUCUGGUCAGCGCGCUCGUCGAUUUUCAUUAUGCGCGUCAUUUUUUUUCGAAAAUGUUCCGCGGUAGCUCCAACAGCGCCCACUAUUG